UCAUCCACAUAUGAAGCAGAUGGUUCCAAUUUUCAUGUGAGUUAUCUGGAUGGUAAUUUCUCUGGAUUUUGGAGUGUCGAUACCAUACGGGUAACGUUUCAGAACAUUUCAAAAUAAAGUACAUUUCUAGAUAAAUUCUUUAGUUAUACCAAGGCAAGCGUUUGCUGAAAUGACAAACAUAUUUAACUUCGACCACCUUACCGAUAAAUAUGAUGGAGUAGUUGGUAUGUCUAGUACUCGAAUAUCACCUUACGGAAAUAUUCCAAUGUUUCCGAAUAUACUGUCCAAUUAUGUGAAUAUGGACCCAGUAUUUUCGUUUUAUUUAAAUCGGGAAGAUGACUCUUCAUAUGGUGGUGAAAUGAUACUUGGCGGUGUUAAUCCAGAGUAUUUUGACGGUGACCUCGAAUUUAUGCCCACUGUUCGCAACAGUAAAUGGAUAAUUAGAAUGUCAAGUAUGACAAUAAAGGACAAGGAAUUUUGCGAUAAUUGUACUGCUACUAUUGAUACAGGAACGUCAGGUAUUGUUGGUAGAAAAGAGCACGUGGAGAAAAUUAACUCAAUGCUUGGUACUUAUUAUCAUAUUGGUCAACAUUAUCUGGUUGACUGUAGGCGCAUUGAUCUACUUCCUUCCAUUAAGUUCAUCUUUCACAAGAAAGAGUAUGUAUUGGAGCCACGUCACUAUGUUUUCAAAGUUCAUUUUUGGUUUGAAACAUUGUGUUCACUACCAUUUGAAUAUGACGAUUCCAUAGCACCUAAUUAUUGGAUUCUUGGUGACGUUUUCAUGGGAAGUUUCUAUACUGUAUUUGAUUUUGGUCGGAAGCGUAUUGGAUUAGCUUAUGCUUUAAAUCAUAAGAAGUCAUUGAACAAUUCAAGCACAAAUGCAACGAGAAUGUAGAAUUUAGAGUUGCAUACAAUAACUGAUUAUGAAAUGUGAUGUUACAAUGUGAAAUUCAACACAAUUUCCCGUUUUAUAAAUGUUCAUGCUAUAGCUAACGUUGAACUAAUAUUUUUAAACUGAAAAUAUUUUAUAUGUCAUGCUGUAUGAACUGUAUUCAAUCAGAUUAUAAGUCUACCUCUUUUCAUUUCAUUCUAAGUACAAAGUUCAGCGUAAGGAUUUCUUGUCAACGAAUUUAUUCGAUUGCUUGAGGACAUGUGAACAGUAAAUGAACAUGAUGAUGUGAUGUAAAAGCUAUAAUGCUAGAUUAUGAGUUGCAAAUCACUACAACGAAAGAUUGUAUGUAUAUAAAUAGAAUGCCUUAUGAGAUAAUUAAGUUGGCUGGUGAUUAUAAUGUGGAUGAAGUGAAGCAAUUUAAAUGUUUUGUCACGAUAAAUAAAAGUUAAAUGCAUUGAUGUUAGCAACAAUUUUGAAUGAAAUCAUAGUGAUAUGAGAAACAAUUAAAUAUAGGAAGAGUAUAUUUUAAAAUAGGAAAUUAAAUUAGGUGAUAUUAUGUAGUACAGAGAGAAUGUAGCCAGCAGUGGAACGCAUGAAACAUGUUUCGUCCAAUUCCGUAGUCGUCCAAUGGAUUCACCUGCAUCACAAUUUUAUUGUUCCUAUCGACAAUCAAAUCGAGCACCACUCGUUUCAAACACCAUCGCACAUCUUUCAUAAAAAUCAUUUUAGUUGGCGCCACUCUCCCUCAAAAACGCAUAGACAUAGAUAGAUGAGUUUCACCGCAUCACACAACAGACACCCAGUUCAAUUACAUC